AUGAAACACAUUAAUGAGAUCAGGCAACUUAAGAAGGAAAAUGAAGCAUUAAACAAUGAAUUACUUGUUAAGGAAUGGAUUAUAGAAGGGCUAGAAGCCAUGAUAAAUAAGUUUGAAUUAAAGUGCAAUAUAUGCCUUGAAUAUAUGUCAAAUCCUUAUACCACUUCAUGUGGUCAUACUUUUUGCUAUCACUGCCUUUAUGAAUGGUUUGAAAAAAACCAAAUAUGUCCAACAUGUCAUGUUAAAAUCAUGCAAGAAACAUACAAAGCUAUAUCUGAUCCGUGGAGUCCCCUUUUUGGCAAUUCAAAAACAAAACUGAAGAAAAAAAACUCAUAUGAAGUUGUGGGUAACAAUUGUGGACAAAUCAUAGAAAUUGAAGGCGAUGAAGAUGACAGGAUAAAGAUUAAAGAUGACGAAAUAGAGAUUGAAGAUGAUACUGAUAAUAAUGAUUAUGUAGAAGACAAUAAUAAUUAUGACUUCAUGGUUUCUUUUAUUAAUGAUAAAGAAAUUGAAUACAUAAAUUCUGAAGAAUAUAUUAUUUGUUCUAAUGAUUUAAAAUAUAAUGAAUUUAAAAACUUAUGUAAAGAAUAUGAUAUUCUUAUUAGCACUUUCAAAUCUAAAUCAAAGGACAAAGAAACAGACUUUUUGUUUAAAAUAUUUUAUAAUGUUUUUGAUAUAUUUCAAGAAAAUGGUUAUCUAAAAUCAAGAAAGUACAGCCAUAAAUUUAAUAUUAUUAAAAAAGUCAUCAAAGUUUCAUUUAAACCUGACAACAUCAAACCUAAAAAAAUUAAAACUGGAAAUGAUGAUGAUGUCGACAGUCAAAUAAAAUCAAUAUAUAGGAUUUCAAGAAAAGAGCAACCAACAUCUUUUGACAUCAUUAUUAAUGCUAUAGUAUCAACUGAAUUUUUUGUAAAUAAGGUCUUGGUGAAAUCUUGGGCAACAUUAGAAAGUUAUAAUAAAUUCAAAGCUGUCAAAGAAAUAGGAGAAUUUACAGACAGUAGCAUUAACAAAAUAGUAUUAUUGCUAACAAAGUCAAUUUAUGGAAAUGUUACCAACAGUUAUCUUAAAAUACAAAAGCUUUUAUUUUUUGCGCAAUUACUUUUUGAAAAUGGACUAGUUAUUUCUACUGAAUUAAAUGAUGAAAAUUAUAUUAAAUUUAAAAAGAAAGUUAAUAAAGCUGCAAUAAACAAAGUAAGAAAACAUUUUCAUUUAGCAGUUGAUUUAUGGUUAUGGUGUAAAACUUUUGGCUUGAUUAUUUUAGCUGGAAAUCCUAAUUUUGAUAUGGAUUUCUGUGAAUUUGAGUAUUAUCUUCCUUUGAGAAAUAAAUCUCCUUUUGGAUAUAGAAUUAAUUAUGAAGUUAAUCAGAAUAAUAAAAGAUCAAGUUUCUCAACUAAUUCACUCAAUUCGAAAAGUUCAAAUACUAAAUUAAAGGAAAAAAAAUUUACCCCUUAUACAACAAAUAAGGAAAUCAGUAAUAUUAUAAAAGAAGUCUAUGUAUCUGACAAUAUGAAAGCUUUUAUCAAUGUAAAAACCAAGAUUUACAAAGAUCAUGACAAUAAGUUUUUAUAUGCUCACUUUAGAGAUGAUUUAUCAGAAGUAUAUCAGAAAUGUAAAAAGGCGAUAAGUAAUUUAGAAGAAGAUAUUUUUAAAAAAGAAGUUGAUAAUAAUCAGUUUUCAGUUAGAAUUGAAGACAUUCAGACCUUUGUCAAAGAGUUUAAUAUAAUGUUUUAUGAAAAUUGGAUAACUGAACUAAAGAAAUUGCAUCUAUAUAAUGAUAUAAUUGAUGAUAUAGUUGAAACAUUUGAAAAUCUAAAAAGUAAUUUGAUGGAUCUAGACAAUGCAGAUAAAAAAUUGAUUGGAUAUAUUAAAAGUAUAAUUGAAAAUAAUUAUUUAAAAAUUGUUGAAAACCUUAAUAAUAUACAGGAUAAUAUGAAGGAUUGGGAACAAAAAGCAGAAUUUCAAAAGUUAAGAGAUUUGUUAAUAGAAUAUAAUAAAAUACCAAAUUCUAUCACAAGAUCUAUGGAGUAUCCUAAGAUGUUAACAAACUUGAAUCUUGUAUCAAAGGAAUUAGUUAAUCUAUUUAUACGAGAUUGGACUGAAACUAAGAAAAAAAUUGGUACUGAAUAUGAUGAUGAUGUCAAAAAAAUUGACAAUUAUAUGUCAGAAUUAAUGCCUGAUGAUGGAUUCAUUGCACUUUGUAGUCUUUCAAUUAUUUGGCAAAGGUUUUGUCAAAAUAUAACAAGAAUUAAAAACAAUAUUUAUCAAAAUUUUCAAAAUUUCAAAAUUCUUGGAAAACUAAAAUCAAAAAGAGCAGAGAAUUUACAAUUACUUGAAAAUAAUUUAAACCAAAUUUUAAAUGAGAUUGAAGAACCGGAUAUAUAUUAUAUAAAUAUCAAGCAAGAACUACCACAAUAA